AUGUCCGAGCCAGGCCCCGAAUCGGUGCCUACAAGCGCCGACCCGCGCAGCAAGCGACCAACAAAGCGGCGCGCUGUGACCCCGCACUCCGAGCAGGCAAACCAGAUCGAGACACUCUUCAAGGAUCCGAGCAAGGACCUGCAACUACCCAAUGCCCUGAAACCGCGCACAGUGGCAUCCCUCUCAGCACCGCCGGAGAUCGUUACCAAUGUGCAGGGUUCAUCAGCUGGUGCUGGCUCGGGAGAAUUCCACGUGUACAAGGCCAGCCGGCGACGGGAGUAUGAACGACUGCGCUUGAUGCAGUCUGAGGUGGAUAAAGAAAAGGAUACGGCGAACUGGGAAAAAGAGAGAGAGGAGGCGAAGCGGAAGGAUGAUGAGAAGACGGAAAAGAAUCGUCGGAGGCGGGAGAAGAAGAAGAAUGCUAAAGGCAAGAAGGGCGGUGGUGAUCAAAAGGACACAGCUUCUACAAAGACCUCGGCUGCCCCAGGCUCAAUGGUCCCUGCUACAGACAAUGAUGGAGUUGCUGCGGAGGGCCAGAUGCCUGUGCAGGAAGUUCCGGGUAUCAUUAUCCACGAUGAGGACUAG